GCUUCACUUGCCCGUGCUCGAUCUUCUUCUCGUUAGGUCUAAUCCACUUGUAUUGCGAUGCUUGCCGGCGAUUCCAGUCGCAGCGCCCAGAUGCCGCAUUGACCGUCUUGCUGCCAAUGCCGCGUCCUCGUCCAAGAGGAAGAGAGAUUUCUCGGUGGAGCAAUGGACGGAGGAGGAUUUGGAGGCCACCGCGGCCGCUCCCACCGUCGUGACCUCGAUGAUGAGCUUCUACAACGCCAUUGCGAUUCUCGAGGUGCCCAGGGAUUCGCCCAGUGAAUUCGCGGGAGCUAGAUUGCUGCUGCUGGAUCAAACAGGAAAUGUUCAUAGUAUUUACAAGGAGGAUUCUGUGUGGGUCGGUUCAUACUGGGACGAGUUCUCCUCGCUUCCACCGAUCAUUCCCAGAGGUCCCAUUGCAAUUCUAGGACUGGUAAGAGCUUUUCGAUUUCUUCCUAGCUUUCCUGGUUUUUCUGUGUUGGAUCAUCAGGGCGGUGGUACUGCUGCACGAUUGCUGCUCCACUUGUGGCCAGAGCGAGAAUUGAUAGGCUGGGAAAUUGAUGAGAUCCUAAUUGACAAGGCAAGGGAUUAUCUCGGCUUGUCGGAGUUAGAAGGCAAAAACAAACACGGUGGAGGGCUUACAAUUCACAUCGACGAUGCUCUCUCGGAUGCAAAUGAUCCCGAGGGUGGAUUCGCAGGCAUUGUCGUGGAUUUGUUCUCAAAUGGCGAUGUUCUGCCAGUUCUCAAGGAGGCAGAGACAUGGUUUAAGCUCAGGAAAAGACUGAGACCCGGGGGCCGGAUCAUGAUCAACUGCGUGGAAGAGCAAAGACGUGGACAUGACGAUGAUGAAACUCUACAGUCCACAAUUACGGGCGAGAACCAUGUUCUUUAUGCGAUGUCAAAGGCAUUUCCAGGCGAGGAACCGCAGGUGAACUGGCGGAAGCUUGAUCAAGUGAAUAACAAGAUGGCUUUCACGGGUCCCCUCCCCAAUCUCACACAGUGGUCUCAGGCUGUUCCCGAGAGGCUGCGAAAGGGGACACUACAGUGGAAGGCUUUCAUCCAGUGAAGAAAAUGCCUCUUUUCACUUUUUCAUUGUUGUUGCUGUCAUAGUUUGCUAAUCGAUCAAUCCAUCUUUGGCUGGACAA